AUGCUCGGGGUCGACAGGCUCGAGCGCAUACGCGCGUGCGCGGAGGAGCUCUGGGCCGAAGAUUACGAAAACCUUAAAACCGAAAAGGCCGCCGGUUCGCACGGGACGGACGCAUCGCCCAUCGUGGGCCGCAAGCUGUCGUACGAGGAGCCGGCCGAUACGGAUCCGUCGUCAAACAAGGGGCCCACCCCGGACGAUGCGUCGCCGUCCGACGACGCCGGUUCAACUCGGAGGACGCCGCCCACCGACGAGGAGCUUGGCGAGAGAUCCGAGGCGCUUCGGGUACUGUGCGAGUACCGAGCGCUCGCGAUCCCGGCGCUGGGCGGGGAGGUGACGUUCUCGCCGCUGCCGGACCUGGCGCCCGUGCGGUUCGUUCGGAGGGUACCCGACGAGGGCGACGCGGCGGACGUAACGGACGUAACGGACGCCGGCGGGGACGAAGUCGCGCUGUGGAUGACGCCCGCGGAGGAAUGUGUCCACAUGGAGACGUGGACGGUCGCCGCCCUGUGCCGAACGCUGAGUCUGGAUAACGUGCUCGCCGCCCUCAACUCCGUGCUUCUCGAGCGGCAGUGCGCGGUUUUCUCUCCGAACCUCGGCGAUUUAGGCGCGGUGACCCUCGCGUUGUCCACGACGAUGCUGCGACCGCUGCGCUGGCGCUCGCUCACCCUCCCGGUCAUGCCGAUGACCGAGCGCAUGACGUCCUUACUCGAGGCGCCCGUGCCGUUCGUCAUCGGGAUCCAGCGUAAGACGAGCGAGGUGCGUCGGCUGUGCCAGGAGCUCACCCGGGUCAACGUCUACAAGGACGAGGUCAAACUCGGGGGCGGUCCGCAGCCGCAGCUGCCGCGGCUCAAGGAACUCGCGGGCGUGCUCAGGCCCCUGCACGACGCCGCGAGGGAGGCUGCGCGUUCGGGUAGCUACCGCGGGCCCGUCGCCGAGCCGAGCGAACGGGCGAGGACCGCCGCGCGCGCGUUUCUGGAGGCGUGGCGGGAGUACCUGCGGGCUCUGGUCGCGAACCUUCGAGCGUACGCAAUCACCGAGGUUUCCGCCGCGGGCGAAAAGACGUCCAUCUUACUCAAGGACACGUGGGUAGACUCGUUCUCCAAGGCGGACCGAGCGUUCAUGCGCGCGUUCGGGGAGACCCAGAUGUUCGACUGGUACGCCGACGUUCAGCUUCGCGCGUGA